CCACCCCUAUUCCACCGGGUAUUUAACUGCCCAUGCCGUUCAGAGGUAAAAAAGAGCCUUUGCUACCUGCUGCAUCAGCGUUACUCACUCAGUCUGACACCAUGGUCCCUGCAGCACUGCUUCUGGUGCUGUGCACAUUGCCCUCCCUGGCUCAUGCUUAUUGCGUUAGAAGUCAGGAUUUACCAGAAAUGGUGCGUGCCUGCAGGGAUGGUGGGCAGUUGCACGAGGUAGGGACCAAAUGGAGGACUAAGGACUGCAUGGACUGCACCUGCGAUGCCACUGGGAUGAGCUGCUGCUCUGUUGGGGCAACUUCAAUAUCAUUUCCUGAUGACUGCAUGGAGGUGUAUGACAAGGCAAACUGCCAUCGCUAUGCGGUUAAGAAGAAUGAUCCAUCCAUCAAAUGUAUGAUUACUGGAGCAAGUGGAAAGUGAUGAAUUUGUUGCCACAUCAUCAUUUCAUUAGUAAAUCACACAACAGUAUAAUGAUUUUUGUGUCAUGCUUUGACGUUUUUGAUUGAAAAAAUUGAUAAUGUGAAUAUAAGGUCCAAAAGGUAUCACAUAUGUGAUUAAAAAUAAAGAAAUCAUUGAAAAGAAA